ACCCUCACGAACACAAUGCUUUGUCACGGUUCAAGCUGCUUACUUUCUGCUUUGUUCAGACAGUAUUCAGGAAAUUGUCGUGAAAGUUGCCUCAAAGACUCAGACUCAGUCACCAUAUUAUUCACCUUUUCUCUGUUCUCACUCAUGGCCCCUUUACAAUCCUUACCUAUAUCAGUGAGAGUUUCCUCUCCUUUUAUGCCAUGCUUUACUUUCAAAUGUCUGCAUUGUGACACUGUCAAGCGUUUAGUGGGGGUUCUGACUUCUGAGUAUUUUGUCACCUUAAACAGGUUUAAACUCAUUGCUUAACGAAUCCAAGUUUAAUUUCACUUGGACCAACAUACAAUGUUGUUCCUUGGAAAAUAACUCAGUUUUAAGAUAUUGAGACCAUGUUCAACAAGCUUGGUUAGUGGAGGGGAUGAACUUAUGAACACAUGGCUAAUUUUGAGAAAGAUGAGGUGCCAAUUUUCUCAGAUAUUCAUCCUAAACUAUCAAAUGAACUUGUUGAUUCUAAAUUCCCAAGGCGUGUACCUAGGACUCGAAGUGUGUCAAUUUCUAUUCCUGCGACACUCACAGAGCCAUAUGAAAGAGAUACUAAUCUUGUGGGAUACACUGGUCCCCUACGGAGUCAGAGAAAAACUCCAUUCGAUCAGAUGAGUGGUCCAUUGUAUGUUACCAAUAAACCUGGAAACCUUUUCCGGCAGAAUAGAGUGGCACCAGAGUACCAAACAGCAGAAAGUAAGACAGAAAAUUUUCCUUCAUGCUGUGGCGUGGGUGAAAAUGAUUUGCAGAACAACUAUGCUGGCAAGAAUGAACAUUUAAUUAGGUCCGGUCCCCUUGGAAUGUGUAAUGAUCCGUAUUGUACAACUUGCCCAACUUACUUCAAGGCUACUCAACAAAUGACUUCAAAAGCUUCGGGUAUAUUCAAUCCUAAGUUUCGCAAUACCCUCUAUGGGGAUGCUAGGGAUUGGGCAAGAAGACUUUUUGAUUUCUUGAUUCCACUUGUUCCUAGAGUUAUGAAUCCUCAUAAUAGACUUGUACAACAAUGGAAUAAAUUUUUUGCAAUUUGUUGCUUGGUGGCAAUUUUUGUGGAUCCAUUAUUUUUCUUCUUGCUCUCUGUGCAGAAGAACCAUCAAUGUAUUGUUAUAGACUGGACUAUGACAAAAAUGCUGGUUGUACUUAGAAGCAUGAAUGAUUUCAUACACUUCCUAAACAUUGUUCUUCAGUUUAGGUUGGCUUAUGUGGCUCCUGAGUCGAGGGUGGUUGGUGCUGGGGAGUUAGUUGACCAUCCUAAGAAAAUAGCCCUUCACUACCUUCGGACAUCUUUUGUUAUUGACUUAUUUGUUGUACUUCCACUUCCUCAGAUAUUCAUAUUGUUUGUCCAACCGAAACACUUGGGGUCAUCAGGAGCAAACUAUGCAGGUUUCUUCCUACCGAAACACUUGCGUAUCGUGAUCAUUGUUCAGUAUAUUCCCAGAUUGUGUAGGUUUCUUCCUAUGCUAAUUUCUCCAACAGGAUUAAUAUUUGAGUCACCAUGGGCAAGUUUCUUUAUAAAUCUUUUUACCUUUAUGCUAUCUGGCCAUGUUGUUGGAUCAUGGUGGUACCUCUUCGGUUUGCAGAGGGUUAAUCAGUGUCUACGAGAUGUCUGCCAGAAAGUAAUCAAAGAACAUAAUGAAUGCGCAAAAUUCAUUGAUUGUGGGCAUGGUCAAGCUGAAGAAAAUCAAAAUAACCCAACCUUGCAUAAUUGGAGGAGCAAUUCUGAAGCAAGUUCUUGUUUUACUGAAGAUGGUUUUCCAUAUGGGAUCUAUAAUAAAGCUGUUAACCUUACUGCAGAUCAAAAUGUGAUCACUAGAUAUGUAUAUUCAUCAUUUUGGGGAUUCCAGCAAAUUAGUACUCUGGCUGGCAAUUUAACCCCCAGCUAUUAUGUUUGGGAAGUCAUCUUUACCAUGGCAAUCAUAGGAUCAGGACUGUUGUUGUUUGCCCUUCUCAUUGGAAACAUACAAAACUUUCUUCAGGCUCUUGGGCGCAGGAGGCUAGAAAUGUCACUUAGACGAUGUGAUGUUGAGCAAUGGAUGAGCCAUCGGCGCUUAGCGGAAGAUCUGAGAAGGAGAGUGCGACAGGCUGAACGAUAUAACUGGGCCGCAACAAGAGGGGUGAAUGAAGAAAUGCUCCUGGAGAAUUUGCCAGAAGACCUCCAAAGGGACAUCAGACGUCAUCUCUUUACAUUUAUUAAGAAAGUUCGAAUUUUCGCCUUGUUGGAUGAGCCUAUCUUGGAUGCCAUAUGUGAGAGGCUAAGACAAAAAACAUAUAUCAAAGGGAGCAAAAUUUUUUAUGAUGGCGGUUUGGUAGAGAAGAUGGUUUUCAUUGUGCGUGGAAAAUUGGAGAGUGUUGGCGAAGAUGGAAUUAGUGCUCCCCUUUAUGAAGGAAGUGUUUGUGGUGAAGAACUUCUGACAUGGUGUCUUGAGCAUCCUUUAGCAAGCAAAGUUUCUCUUGUAGGUUGUGGAAAAGCAAGGAUUCCAAGGCAAAAGUUGGUUAGUAACCGGACAGUAGGCUGCUUAACGAAUGUGGAGGCAUUUUCCCUUAGAGCAGCAGACCUUGAAGAAGUUACAAGCCUUUUUGCAAGAUUCUUUCGGAGUCCCCGUGUUCAAGGAGCCAUAAGGUAUGAAUCACCUUACUGGAGAUGCUUUGCAGCAACAAGCAUCCAGGUUGCAUGGAGAUACAGGAUGAAAUGUCUUAGUCGUGCUGACACUACACGAUCAAAUGAAAUAUCAAAGAUUUACAAUUCACUGUAAUAUCUAAGGUAUAUUAGACACAAUAGGUAUGCAUAGCUACAAAAAUAUAUUGUAAAUUCACUAGUUUGUAUUGGAAGUUCCUAGAAAAAUAAAUAUAUUUUUUUUUAGUCUUUUCAGUCAUGAGUUAAAUAUACAAGAUAAAUUAUAUAAAUAAUUAUUUUUAUCUUUUAA